AUGAAGACCACCUGGAAGGAUAUUGCGCCUGUGCCCAGUAGUCAGGAAUUCCUCGACAUUGUCCUCAGUCGGACCCAAAGACAGCUUCCGACGCAGAUCCGUGCUGGAUUCAAGAUCAGUCGGAUUCGAGGCUUCUACACUCGAAAGGUCAAAUAUACCCAGGAAACUUUCUGUGACAAGUUCCAGGCAAUCCUUGAUGGAUUCCCUCGCCUGCAAGACAUUCAUCCUUUCCACAAGGAUUUGAUGAACACUUUGUACGAUGCCGACCACUUCCGCAUUGCCCUUGGUCAAGUCUCGACCGCGAAACAUUUGAUCGAAACCGUUUCCCGUGAUUAUGUCCGUCUCAUCAAGUAUGCGCAGUCGCUGUUCCAGUGCAAGCAGCUCAAGCGCGCUGGUCUUGGUCGCAUGGGCACCAUCUGCCGACGCCUCAAAGACCCUCUUGUCUACCUAGAGCAGGUCCGACAGCAUUUGGGUCGUCUGCCCUCGAUCGACCCGAAUACCCGUACCCUGUUGAUUUGUGGGUACCCCAAUGUUGGAAAGUCGAGCUUCCUGCGCAACAUCACCCGCGCCGAUGUCGAUGUUCAGCCAUACGCCUUCACUACCAAGAGUUUGUUUGUCGGUCACUUCGAUUACAAGUACCUGCGCUUCCAGGCCAUUGACACCCCCGGAAUCCUCGACCACCCACUGGAGGAGAUGAACACCAUUGAAAUGCAGUCGAUUACCGCUGUCGCUCACCUUCGCUCGGCCAUUCUGUACUUCAUGGAUCUGUCCGAGCAGUGCGGCUACUCGGUUGCAGAUCAGAUCAAGCUUUUCCACAGCAUCAAGCCGCUGUUCGCCAACAAGAUUGUGUACAUCGUGGUCAACAAGAUCGACGUUCGUCGCCCGGAGGAUUUGGAGUCUGAGUACCAGGAGCAACUCCAGGAGAUCCUGAAGUCGGAUGAUGUGGAGAUGCUGCAGGUGUCUUGCACCACGACAGAGGGUGUGACGGCAGUAAAGAACGCCGCGUGCGACAAGCUGCUUGCUGAGCGAGUGGCGCAGAAGCUCAAGUCGGGCAGCAACAACGAUGGUGCCCCUGGUGGUCGUCUGGGUGAUGUGCUCUCCCGAAUUCACGUUGCCCAGCCCAUGGGUGGCGCGCAGCGCGAAACCUUUAUUCCCGAGGCUGUCAAGACGCUCAAGAAGUAUGACAAGGAUGACCCCAACCGCCGAAGACUGGAGCGUGACCUUGAAGAAGAAAAUGGCGGCGCUGGUGUGUAUAGCUUCGAUAUGCAGCGCGACUACACCCUGGCCGAUAAGGACUGGAACCACGACAAGAUCCCCGAGGUGUGGAACGGCAAGAACAUCUACGACUUUGUGGACCCAGACAUUGAGACCAAGCUGGCCACCCUAGAGGAAGAAGAGGAGAAGCUGGAGGCGGAUGGAUACUAUGAGUCGGACGAGAGUGUCGAGGAUGCCGAGGAUGCCGACAUCCGCAUGAAGGCGGAUCUGAUCCGCGAGAAGCGCACGCUGAUGCGCAACGAAGCCAAGAUGCGCAAGUCGCUUAAGAACCGCGCCGCCAUCCCCCGCAGCGCCAAGGCCAAGAAGCUGUCGGAGAUGGAGACCGCUCUGGACUCGGCCGGCUACGAUGUGGAUACUGUUGGCGCCCGUGCCCGGUCCCAGAGCCAGGCUCGGGGUCGCACGACUACCCGCAGUGAGGUGGGCGACGGUGACGCCAUGGAUCUCGAUGACCCGCACCAGGCCAUCGCCCGCGCGAAAAGCCGCGCCCGCAGCCAGGCUGCGACUAACCGUCGUGACGACGGUGUCACGGACAGCACGGCCCGGGACAAGGCUGAGCGUCUGGCUAAGCUGGGCCAGAAGAAGAUGAACCGCAUGGCCCGACAGGGUGAGGCCGAUCGUCACACGACCGCAUCUCUUCCCAAGCAUCUGUUCGUUGGAAAGCGUGGCAUGGGCAAGACCCAGCGCCGGUAG